AUUAAAGCUUGCUUUAGCUAUCUAAUGACCGGUUAACUACAUUGCCUGUAAAAGUUGAUCUGAGGCUAAAUACCCUGGUGUUACCUGGCUCUGCAGCUAAAAAGAUAAAGAGGGAAGUGAUUUCAUUUGAGGAUCAAGUCGGACUGUAGCUGCUGUUCCUCUCAUUUCCCCGUGUUGACAGUCUGUCAGCGGGUCUGUUGACAUGCAAAUUGAGCUAAGAGGAGGCGGCAGCAGCAGCGCGGAGCGACGACAGAAGCGACUGUGUGUUUUCACCAUGUAGUUUCUCCUUCAACAGCAUGCACUCCACGGGGCUGUCGGACUAACUAACGCCGUCUCAGUCCGAGUCAACAAUUUGGUUGACAGUUUCUCAUCGAGCAGCAGAGAGGAUGAAGGGGAAGGAAUCCUGGUAGUUGGUGGAGUUUGUAGCAACAGAAAAAACAGCAGCACUGGCGGUCUUUCCAGCUCCUGUUUGACAAGUCUGUCUGUGGAGCUCACCAUUAAUAAGAGGACACUGGAGACCAUCACCACAGCUGCCCUUCCCAGCAUCUGGAGCAACGUGUCUGACUGUGACAGCAGCAUUACUUGCCCUGCUUCAUGAGCCAGCAGGAUGCGGCUGAGGUCCUCGCACUCUCCGAGCGCCUCCUCGUAGCUUCACACAAGGGACAAGCUGACAAUGUGGUUCAGCUUAUCAAUAAGGGUGCAAAAGUAGCCGUCACCAAGUAUGGCAGAAGCCCACUGCACUUGGCUGCCUACAAAGGCCACAUCGAGGUUGUGCGUAUCCUGCUCAAAGCCGGCUGUGACCUGGACAUCCAAGACGAUGGGGAGCAGACGGCGUUACACCGGGCUGCCGUGGUGGGAAACAGUGACGUCAUCAGUGCUCUCAUCCAGGAAGGAUGUGCGCUGGACAGACAGGACAAGGAUGGAAACACAGCUCUCCAUGAGGUGUCCUGGCAUGGCUUCAGCCAGUCGGUCAAACUGCUGGUGAAGGCUGGGGCCAAUGUUCACGCUAAAAACAAGGCAGGAAGCACAGCUCUCCACCUUGCAUGUCAGAACGGUCACGCUCAGAGUUCUAAGGUUCUGCUGCUGGGAGGCUCCAGGCCCGACAGCAAGAACCACGCGGGGGACACGUGUCUGCAUGUGGCGGCGCGCUACAACCACGUGGCUAUGAUCCGCAUCCUGCUGGGAGCCUUUUGCUCCGUGUCAGAGAAGAACCUGACUGGGGACACACCACUACACGUGGCAGCUGCUCUGAAUCAUAAGAAGACAGUACGUCUGCUGCUGGAGGCGGGGGCUGACAGCUGUAUCUGCAACAAUGCAGGUCUAACAGCUUUGGACCAGGCCAGAGAGCACAACAACCCGGAUGUGGCUCUUCUGUUGACCAAAGCUCCCCAGGUGCAGAGUUUUGUGCGUGGUAGGAGUGUUAGGAAGAGGAGGGACAAGCUGAAGGCGGAAGGCAGAGCCCAGUCGGUGCCCAGGGAUGAGAUGCUGCCCUGUAAGGACAGUGCAUCUGCUGCAGAUGACAGCCAGAGCAGUGACCGAGCUGCCUGCAAACAUGCUGAGGUGACCCAGUCAAACACCAGGCGGAGAAAGAACAGGAAGCAGAAAGAAAAACCAUCUUUGUCCGAUCCCCUACGCCGCAGAGAGACCAGGCACAGUGAAGCCUUUCACAAGAGGAAAGACAAACUGCGAGGAGCUGCCCUUCAUGCUUCCAUCCCUCCACACAACUACAAAGCCUAUCAGCUGUAUACACUUUACCGCAGCAAGGAUGGCAAGAUCAUGCAGGCUCCUCUGAAUGGCUGCCGCUGUGAACCGCUCAUCAGUAAGCUGGAGAACCAGCUGCAGGCCACUAAGGAGGAGAUGAAGACUGAGAUCCACACUGUCCAAGACCUGAUGAACAGCAAGAUGGGCCAGUUGGACCGCAAGAACAAGCACCAGAUUCGAGCUCUCGAUAAGAUGACUGUGGAGAGGGUGUCGGCAGAGAGGAGCGAGUGUCUGCAGAGGAUCGAGCAGCGGGCCCUGCAGGAGAGACUGGAGGCCGAGAAGAGACAGCAGGUGUCCCUGGUCAGUGAGCUGAAGAGCUGGUGUCUGUCGAAGCUGCAGAACAUGGAGGUUCGCCUCACCGGAGACCCCAGCGGCACCAAGCUGCGGCGCUCCUCCUCUGCGGCCGAGGCCCUGAACGAAGCUGACGGAGGCGGCCUCACCGUGUUGCCCUCUGGUCAGGGAGGCAGCUCCCACUGCCUGGAGCUACGCGACAGCCCUGCCCUCCCGGACUCCUGCCAGGGAGAGCCCGGUGUAGCGGACGGGGGCUCAGCCAACCACUACUUUGUGGUUCACGUGGAGAGCUCUCCAGAUAGUGAUAAGGCUCAGAAAGCAGAAGUCACCUCUCCUGCGGCAACCAAGAGCCCGCUGACAUCUGUGCAGGUGGUCCGGCCGAAGGAGCGGUCAGUGAUCUGCGUUGACACCCAGAGGAAGAACCAGGACCUGCAGGACAUGGACACUGUGGAGUACGGGGCGAGGGGGGGCAGGACUUACAGAGGCAGCAGCCUGUCUCCGGGUGCAGAGCGCCGCUGCAGCAGCAGAAAUGAAGGCGGGUUCCAGGACAGGGAGCGAGGGCGAGACAGAGGGAAGCACCGCAAGAAACAUUCCCAGGGCAGGACUAAGUCCGGAGAGGCCACAGGGGUCAGGACUCUGGAGGUGUUUGGAGAGCAGCCCAGUGAACCCUCCUUUGCUCAGGAGAGGGACAACAUGCACGCUCUGGAGGUGACCCAGUACUUCUUCGAGGCAGUAUCGACACAGAUGGAGCGCUGGUACGAGAGGAAGGUGCAGGAGGCUCGCUGGCAGGCCAGUCAGAGGGCUGAGGCCGACAGAGCCGCCCUGAUCGAGAGGAUCGCUUACCUGGAGGACGAGCUGCGCAUGUUGAGGACCAACAGGCAUGACGACCGCUAACACACACCUCAUAUGUCACCACCAGGCUACAUAAAAAAAAACAAACAAAGCCCAGGAUAUUUGGUUGGAACCCUCUUUCAGCAGCCAUUGGCAACCAAAGCCACCAGAGCAGAGAACGCAUGUCAUUGCUUCCAGAGUGGUGGAGCCUGGAUUCACUGAAUCAUAACAUCAUGGAAUACAGCCUUUCCAUUUUAACAGAUGCCUAAUAAUGUUCCACAGUCGAGUCUGUGUUGGUUGUACCACUGGACUGCCAGUACUUUAGUAGUAAGGGAGCUCUUGUGCACUGUGUUGUAAAUAAACCAGUAGAUAUAAAGCUAGGUCACACUGAUCUAAUGUGCCAUUUAUAGAAUAGAUACGUUACAUAAUAUCAACAAACACGACGUGCUGCGUGUACACAUACGGCCACAUGUACACUUCAUAAGCCCAACCAUACUGUAAAUCGAUCUGUGAGCGUACAUUUCUUAUUAACGUUUCAGUUGGUAUCAUUGGAUCACAGUGAAAGUUUGGAUGGAGGGAAUUACAGUGUAAUAAGCUUUUUGUUUUGUUGGUAUAUGCAUGCUGGAUUCAGUCCUGUGACUUCACUACUUAAAGCUUAUUUAUGAGAGUGUAGCGAAAGUGACGCAGUCUACACACCUACUGAAGGGGUUUAUGAGUGUCAGUAGAUGAAUUGCUGCAUUGUGUGAUUAGCAUGGAGUAUGCCCAUUGGAAAGUUUUUUGACUUUACGAUGUUUAAAUACAGAAAGCUUACAAAUAGAAAAAAACUGAAAAACAACAAACAAUAAAUGAAUCGAUCAGACAAACAGGUAUUGAAAUAAAAAAUGAUGAACAAAUAAUUUAAUUUUAAAAUGGAAUUUCAAAGAUACAUUUAUUUUCUUUACUUUUUGCUGUUCCUCAUACUCAUUUGUCCAUCUCGUAUUUUGUCUGUCGCCUCUUCUGACUUGUUCAGUUUCUAUUUUGUGGUCAGUGUAAUUUAUUAGGGAUGCGGGCACACUGACUGGGCCCUCGCAGCCUUGGAGACUAAAGGGGCUGUUCACAUCCAUUGUCUCUUUCAGCUGACAGUAACAACAACAUGCAGGAUUCCACAUCAAAAUGUCUAAAAACAACUAGACCUUUGUCAUAUAUUUUAUUAAGCCAUGUACUUAAAUUAACCCAAACGUUUCCAAUAAUGUUCAAACCCAGAGAAAUCUGUAACUUUAUUCAAACUAAUGGUGUGUGUUAUUUGGUCACCUGACACUUUAAUUUCCAGAAGAGAGUAAGGAAGCCAGUGAACAUGACUCAGCAUAACAUGAAUAACUUUAAAACGUUACCUCAUCUCUGAACGUGUCUGCCGGCAAAAGAUCUUCAUUGGCAGCAGUUGUUUGACAAUGAAGACCACUGCCAUGAUCCCAAAAUACUUUUGUCGCUACUGCAUGUUUAAAAAAAAGUAGUUUCAUUUUACUUUUGCUGCAAAAAAAGGGAUUUAGUGGAUAAUUAAAUGCCAUUAAAAUGUGUAAGGGCAGCACAGUGGUGCAGUGGUUAGCACUGUCGCCUCAUAACAAGAGGGUUCCAGGUUUGAAUCCCGGUCUGGGCCCUUCUAUGAGGAGUUUGCAUGUUCUCCCUGUGC